AUUCAAACUCUUGCAUGAUUUGAAGGUUAGUUGUCAUGCCUGUGUACAGUAUGAAUAAUGGAUUGGUGAAUUUCUGUAAAGUUAGAUCUUUAAGUAAAUUCAUAUCCUCCAUGGUAUCAAAUAUUGAUGCUUUUGUGUUGCUGCUUCAUCGUAAUCUGUUUUUACCGCUCGCAGCAAUUAUUUUGAUAGUCAAAUCGUCAAUAUUGACAACCCUAUACAGAUCGACAUAGGGUUGUGGAGAUUGUUGUUUCGUCCCUUAGUACCACGAAAUAUCCGUGCACCGCUUACAAGUUUUUAAUGGUGAACUUUUAUUGAUUGGUUCAUUCUCUCAGUUAAAUCUUUUGUUUCAGUUAUAAAUGAACUGACUAUAUAUAGUCCUACUCGCAAUGAGUAUACAUUGUAGCCUUCGUCGUUAGUAGGCUUUAAUUUAAGAAAAAAACAGUGGAACUUACGACUUCCUGGAAUUAUUGUUCAGGCAAAACGCAAAUUAAAUAUACGAUGUGCAUUCAGAAGUUACAUAUAUAACAACGUGUAACUUCGUACAUACGUACAUCAGUUAGAGUUGCCAUACCACAUUAGCACAGAGGUGCAUUUGUCGAUUCAAAUCCCAUAGUGGUAUAAGUAGUAAAAGUACAAAUAGUAAUCGGAAAUAUUAGGGUUUGAAGAUGUUAUUCUAGGAGUAUAAGCCAGUGAAAUAAAUUUGGAAAGAGGAAAAAAGGAACAUGGAGAAUUAAGAAGACUAGAAUUAGAGAGAACACAAUUUCAUACUGUUUCAUUUAGCGUGCUGAGCACCGUCCAUAUGGGUGAUGAAAAUAUUUUUAUCCUCUGAUUAAACAAAAUGUAUUGUAGUUUUUGCCUGUCAGGCUUCCGUGAUGUCGAAGCUUCUUGAUCGAAUUGAGGAUUUUUAAGCGAAAUAUUCCUUGGUUUUUAAGAUGUGUUAGGUUUAUGUCACCAUGGUUUCAAAAUAUUAACUAGGAUUCUGAUGAAAUUACUUAGCAAAAAAGUCACUAGCAAUUGUUGAGCAUUUUUUGUUAUUUUGGGUUCCUUUUCGAGUAAACAAUAAGUCAUUGUUUUCUGUAUUGGGGAAUUAAAACUCUUAUUGUUCAUAUAGAGCCUACAUUAUGAACGAUACAGGAUGUGGAUAUGGUUCUCCACAAAUCCAACGGACGUAUCUAAUUCCACUUGCUGAACAGUUUGUAAAGAUUUGUGUUGACUCUUCAUCUGUGGAUGAGUUUUCAGACUACAUAAUUCGAGACAAGUCAACAAGUUGUAAUAGAUCUAAUAUGAAGUUAUGGCGCAAAGAUGCUUGCAAAGCAUUAAGACUAGUGAAUACUCGUACGAUGGUCAGUCCUGUUCCAAAAGAUUCACACAUCAUAGCUGACGAAUCUGAGUUUCCUAAAUUAGAUAUGUUAGUAGAUUUAGACAGAAAGCUUCCACGUAAACGUUCCAGGACGAACUUGGAAUCAACAACUGAAUCUAUUUCUGCUCGAUGUGUUUCUUCCACGUUAUCGGAUAUCAGACACACAGUUCCAGCGGAUUUACGAAGGCAAAUAAAAGGCUUUCUCGCUUGCCACCUACUUUCCGAUAUAGGAUUACCGGUUUGGCCAUCCUUGUUGAUUAAUGGUCCCCCAUUUUGUGGCAAAACUACAUUGAUUGAAGCAGCAUGUGGAACUCUAGGUUUAAAAAUCAUCACUGUUUCGGUUGGUACAGUACCAUCAUCUAUACGUCCUUGGAUGGAUAUAUUCAACCAAGCUAAGAAUUCCUCACCAUGUAUUUUACAUUUGGAUGAUAUUGAAAGUAUGGAGAAACAUUCCUCCCCUGUUGGGACGUUCCGUCUCACCUGCCUUCUAAAAAGUCAAUUGCUUAAAGAUAUGGUCAACUCAGGUGUUGUACUUAUUGGGGAAACUCGAUCUCUUCUUGCCAGCCUACCUCAAAGUAUAUUAGAUUUGUUUACACAGAAGUUGACAUUUGGAAUGUUAAAUGAGGCUCAUCGUUUGAGGUAAAUUUACCGGUUUAAAAUUAAGCUUGCUAGUUGUUUAGUCGACAAAAUUAUCUAACUCUACAGAUAACGUAACCUUUUCAACUGAUGGUUAUGUCGCAUCUUAAACAUCUCUUGCUUAGUAAAAUGUGUUCACUAUCAUCAUCCUCAAACUGGUGCCUUGUUAAGUGCUACACAUUAUCUAAUAGUAAUAACUUCAUGCUUUUUGUCUGUGGGACUUCCUAGAUUUCCAUAGAUGGACUGGGCGCAGCGCUGCACAACCUGUUCAGAGGUCCUCACGAAAACACCUCUUAAAAUUUCAUAGAAAUAAAAUUGUUGAAUGAAAGUGGUUUCUCAGUUAAUUGCUGUUUGCUUGGGUCUAUUUUUCACUCCGCCACUGUUUGAUCACCUUGAGAAAUAUCUAUAUUAUACCCCUGCCAAAUGUCUAUCAUCUUACUGUGUGCAUUUGUUUUAGUUUGCCGUAUUGUUCAAUCACUUUACUAGUGAUAUUCAUCAGCUUAUGCUAUGAUUUUUAAGUUUGAUAAAAGGAAGUCAGUCACGUUCCGGUAACUGUUUCAUUUGAUAGAAUAAUGUCUAAAUCGAAAGCUAACAUUACACAUUAUAUCAUUCAAUCACUCAUUGGUGUAUCUCCCUUAAUUUGUGAAGAAAGAGUUUAUGUGUUAUAUUAUAACUAAGUCCCGGUCCUCUAGAACAGUUUUCUAUAUGCCACAGAAACAAUAUUUACGCAUUCAUACAGACACAUUCUCGUUCCAUUCAAUUGAUUGUUCAGCAAUGAUCCAUAGUGUCACAAUUUAGUCUGUACACGAUCGAUCCUUAAGGAAUCCAGCAUGUUGAUCUCCAAGUUUGGCGUCUACCGAAUCCUUCAUCCGGUUCAGCAAUACUCCAUUUAAAACUCUUCCUUGAUACUGACAGUAUUGUGAUGACUCCGUAGUUUUCAAAUUUGCUCAGAUCCCUUUUUUUGUUAUCGCGAUAGGAUAUCCUUCUUUCCAAUCUUUCGGCACUUCCGAAAUCCGAUUUGUAUCUCCUCAUUCCCGUUGCUAUUUGACUGGUCCUCCCAGUCUCCCACAUUGUCCGGACGUUCCAUUUACCUAUUAAACUUGUUGCUGUGGUUGUUAGAAUGGGCAUCGGCCCUGUGGCUUCCGAAUCCUGAGGCGUCAUAAUUCUUCCUCCAACUUGAAGGGCAGAGUUUAAAUAGUUUAAUUCGUUCAUUCUGGUUGGCGUUUUGUUAGCAAGAUUUUCUUCUACGGGAUAGGGUUGCAGACCCCACACUCAACCCUGCUCCUUUGUGUUGGCUUGAGACCGGCAGUAGCCCUAAAGGAGCCACAGGUGGAGUUAAAAAGUAAUACGCGCCACACUAAAUAUUGCUUGUGCGUUAGAUUGCUGCAUGGAAGCCUAAACCAAAACAGCUAGCUCCCUUAGGAAGCCAUGUCUCAUGACUCUUCUUCAAAUGUCUAAUUCAAUAUGUAGUGGAACAAUAUCAUGAGAUGCUAUCGUAUGGUAGUUGAUGACCAGGAAUAGAUUCACACGCAAUUCGUUCCCUCUGAGUUUUGGGGCCUAUGAAAAUUACUAGUUUAGAAUCAGGAUUUUCCAACUCACUUGAGUAUACCCUCUGUAUUCACCAGCGCCAUUCUUUUUUGUCCUUUCAAUUUCGUAAAUAAUACUCUCAUCGCGUGGAAGCACUUAGUAGAGCUUACAAAUGCAUGAUCGUACGCAAGCAUUCCCAGUAGCAGAUCGAGCUCUUCUCACUUUCGGUCUGUACCAAGACAAUUAGAGGCCAGUGUCGGCUGGCACUGUUUUCUCAUCAUCGUUUUGGUUUCAAUCCAUUCAUAAUAUAUUGUCUACUUUUGCUUCUGUCAUAUUAGAUUGUUGCAGCAGUACUUGUUAGAUGAUACUGAUUUUAUUAUUUCACCGAAACCAUGAAAACUUAACAUGUCUUGAAUUAGCCCGUCGAACACCUGGUUAUGAAAUCGGAGAUUUAAUUCGUCUGGUAGCCCAUUUAAAAAUGGCUUGUUUAACAAGUAAACUUAAUGAUGUUAACGAUGAUGAUGAUGAUGUUGAUGACAACUUGAAUAAUCUUGAUACUAACAGUAUGGAGUGUGUUAAGAAUGAUCAAAAGGUGCAUGUUAAUUUCUCCAUUGAGUCGCGUGUCGCUGAUAACUCUGUUUCGGUAUGUUUCCUCAUGUAUAUCAUUUGUUUUAAUUGGGUUGUUUCUAUGGAAAGGUAGCUCUUAGAUUUUUUGUAGCUGUGGUUUUCUGUAGUUAGUCAACAACAACAACCCUCGGUUUACUGCGUAUUAAUACUAUUCGCUAUUACUCUUAUACAACCUUUGGUAAAUUUACAGUUCAUCUUAAGUGUAUGCUCAUACCGCGUUAGGAGAUAAUGUAUUAACUCUCUGUGUCACUUCUGACGUCUGUUCAUAAAAUAUAGUUUGCUAGAUACAUAACAUAACAUUUGUCUAUAAAGUAUUUGGUAUCGUUAAUUUACUGAGAUACUUGGUCCUAAGUAACUGGAUAUCAUUUUUUUUACGUUGACCAGGUGUCAUAACUCUACGCCCGAACUUAUUUUUAAUACACUUUCUACAAUUUAUUCAGAACCAAUGAUCUAUAAUGGGACUAGUUUCGUUUUGUUUCACCAAGCAGACAUACAGAAAUUCUUCCCUUAUUUAUGAGGUACUCAAAAUUGAAAUACUUUUUAUACAUUUUACAACACAAAUUGCAUAGAUGUCAAGGAUGCAACAGGAGUUUGCAAAUAUAAGGUAUUCGAAAUGGUCUUACAUACGAACUGACUUCUGCUGAAGAUGUUCUUAAUAGCAUGAGAUUAUUGUUCAUUUUAGAAUAUCUGGUGCCUGAAUUCAUGUUUGUUUUUCGUAUUAUUAGUUAUAAGAUUUUGUGUGCAUCUAAACAAGUUUCUGAUUCCUGUUAGUAAUCCAACUACUUUGAACUAGGUUUCUUAGUGCACCUUAUAGUGCGGUCUGCACUACUUAUACGGACAGACAUAAGUAGUAUGUAGCAGGAAUUGGAAUUUUCACCAGCAGAGAAUUAAAACAAAGAGAAGAGCAACGAAAAUAGUGCAAUCGGAAUAACAACGGGAUUAGAAGAAUGGUGGAGUAUGUAAAAGGCAACUGAAGAACGAUAUGCAAAUGAUGUAUUUAGUGUAUGAUUUUCCAUAAAACAAUAAAGUGGUUUCCCGCCUUCAAUUCUCCGUUCACUACAAUAUUACUGAGUACGAUAAGAAUAGCAUCCGUAGAAUACUUAAGUAAUUAUUUUUUGACCUGUGUUUGCUUUUAAUCCAUAGGCUAUUAUUGUGUUUGCUUUCUGUGGUAAUUGGAAUUCAAAGAGAAUAUUGUUUGGCUGUAAAAAUAUUUGAGUAGUUUGUACAUCUUUUGACCUAAGCAUUUGUAACACGGUUAUGUUAAUAAGCUAGUCAUUUAUUAACAUAAGUACCAUUCUAUUUUCAACAAGAUUUUCAGGUUAGCUAGACUUGUGAUACUCUAGCUGCUAAUAGUGUAUCCUGUUUUUGAUAAAUAAUUCCCAUGGAAAAAAGUCGAAUUAUAAAUCCGAAUUUUUCAGACAAGUUGUAUUUUGUACAGAACUUCAAUUCGUUUGCCUUCUUUUUAGGAACCAGUCACAUAUCCUUUAAUCGUAACAAGAGAAAUUGUUGACAAAGCGUUGGUUGUUGUCAUUCCAGCAGUUAAAAAUACUGCUGAAUUUGUAACUAUUCCAGAUGUGACUUGGGCUGAUGUCGGUGGUCUCGAAACAACUAGACAACAAUUGUACAAUCGCUUUAUGGUGAGAAAAUUGAUGUUAUAUCUAAGUUUUUAAAAGUUUUAACCUUAUGUCAUAUUGGUUAUAUCUCGAAUUGGUCGUCUUGAUUGUUUGAAAAAGCUACAAAAAUCUAGUAAAUUACACCGAAUCGUCGCAUUUGUAGAAUAUAAAUGAAUGAAGUAAGAAAUAACUGAAGUCGAUCGUACAGGUUUUAUUUGUUUAUGACAUGAAGAGCUUCAUUUUCAGCACAAAUUGGGUCAGUUACAAGCCUUGGAUAUUAAACUGCCAGUUUUUCUGCUUGGCAAACAUCGGUAAUAAUUCCAAUCGGUUAUACUUAUAAACUGCAAUAGAUUAGCCCUAGAUAGUCAUAAAAUUUUAAUUUCUAAGUUUUCGUAUCAUUUAAUUAACUUUAGCCCAUAACUGAAAAUUGUAUAGAAGUUAACUGUAUCCCUCUUAUAUAUCACUACCUAAUUAGCAAAUAAGUAACUAGUUCCUGUUACGAAUGUAUAUAGCUUCUAAUCGACGAUUGGGAACGCGCUCAGGUUUUGCAUCGACGUUCUGGAGGUGUACUACUUGAGGGUCCACCUGGAUGUGGGAAAACACUCGUAGCUAAAGCUCUAUCCAAUCAAGCUGGUCUCAAUUUCCUGUCGGUUAAAGGUCCAGAAGUCCUUAAUAAAUUCCAAGGUGAAAGCGAACGUCGUAUUCGAGAAAUCUUUGAAAGAGCACGUGCUUGUCAACCAUGUCUGAUUUUCUUCGAUGAAAUAGAUGCAAUCUGUCCAAGACGCGAUAGUGAUGAAUCUACAGGUAACUGAAUAUUCACUUUCUGGUAGACGUUUUUUUAUUAUAACAGUACAUGUUUCCCCAAUCUUUCCAAGUAAAUUUGAAUUAUGAGGUUUCGCCCGAAGUUUUAUCGAAUAAAUACGAAGUAUUUCUUUCUUCGCUUAUGAAUCCUGAGCUUGACGUUGUGUAAUUUAGUCAUUUAAACAUUCGAGUUUUAAAUCAACAAUUGUCCAAGACUAGGAACAUCUAGAUUUUUCACUAUCAUAACAGUCUUAGUAAAAUAAUUAAUAAUAUGGCAAUGAACAAAUACAUAUUUACUCAUUUUAUGCACUUUUUGCUACUACUAACUUGGAAACACAAAGUUGAUAGAGUGACAUUCGGAUCAGUUAAAUGCUUAAAUCACUGAGCUACAGCACGCUAGUUGAAAGACGAAUGAUAGUGUUCAUCACUCUCGUCUAUUCCCUAGAAAGUUCCGUCAAUUUCAUUGCAGCUCAAUUUUUGUCAUUUUGGAUGAGCUGUUAACACAUACUAACAAUCACUUGUAUAGGCUUCGGUUAUGCUUCAAUUUCAUCAUCCAUGUAUUUGCGACCGAAUUAUUGGAAAAAAUUUUAAACACAAUUUUGUUUAGCUUUAGUAUAAAUCCUGAGUGUUGGCGGUUUGUUCCUUGCUUGUUCAUAAGUUUUUUGACUUGGUACGUCUAGUAUUAAAUAUAAAUGAAAGUAAUUUUAUUACCUUGAUAAUAAACACUUUCAAUAUAUUUCGAAACUUCCUUAUUAACUGUUACAUUUCGAUCAGGACCAGCAAACUGCGGGUACAUUGAGUAACGAAAACACAUAAGAUACAUCGUAAACAUAAGCGAAAAAAUCAAAUGACAAAAUAGUUAUUCGAUCUAUAUAAUAGUUUUAAAGUUUGAUUAUUAUCAUCAAUAUGAUUUGAUAAUCUAUGAAAAUGUGAAAUGAAAAGCAAAUCAAAUAAAUGAUUGAACUAUCCUUCGUCUACUGUUCAUUCGUUCUUCAUUCGCUCAAAACUUCGGUGAGAUAGUGAAGUUGAUUUUUCAUAUUUUUACCAAGUUCAAAGUACUUGACAUAAGUGUGAAGGUGUAAAGUUGUAACAAAUUACUUUCAAAUAUUUCCUGGUUGUAGUAUAUUUCAUAUUCUCUAUUUGGCUAUAGAAUAUAAUUUCAUUAGACUGAUUUGACUUUACGAGUUAAUGAAAAAACUAACUUUCAGUAAUCAAGGGAUCUAAUCGGAAUAAUAUUAUCUUGAAAUCAAAUGGUUUCUAAUUAUUCUGUACUUCAUUCUGUCUAGAUAAUAAAUUUAAAUAAAACUUAGGUUUCAUAUCAAGUAUAAUGUAUAAACGAUUACCGACUUUUCAGAUUGUUAUAUAUUUCUAUCUAAAGACUUUCGUUAAUUUGCCGACCUUCAAGCAAAUCGGAAAAAGCUCUAGGGUUACUGAACUUUGGUAUAACAACCACUCAAGUUGUAUAAAGAUAUUGUUUUUCUAAUAAUCACAAACUAUUUUAAACCGGUAUUCAAAUGUUUUAUUUGAUAUGGAUUGAAUUUGUGCAAAUGUAUCAAAUUUUAAUCAUUUAUUUUGAGAUGAUAAAGGUUUCUAACUCAGGAAGAAGGAUUUUUGGAGUAUUUCACCUUUUUUGAUUUAGAUAGUAGUGACGGAGCUUUCACAGUCUUUCUAGACAACACAAUUACGUACUUCGAGAAUUAUAAACAACUAAGAGCCUAAAGGUCAGGUCAGAGAAAAAGGUGAAUAAAAUAAAUACAUGGGAACAGUGAAAGCACAAUUAUGACCAACAACCAACUAAAUCCUGUGUUCACAAAACAAGCUUUUAAUUACCAAUCAAGAAAUUCUAAAAACUGACUCUGCUCUAUAGUAUGUGUUGAUGAUGUUAAGACUGUUGACUAAAGCUUCAGAAUCCGACAAUUCAAUCCAAAGGAUCCAAUCCUGUUUCGGUUUAGGCGCUCAGGCAGCAUUUCAGCCCUCGCACAAAUGAAAUGACGCAAAUAUAUUUGGUGCCUCCUUGUGUUUGAAUAAAUAGAAGGAUCCAAUACUAAAAUCUCUAAUAAUCCUCUAAAUAAGACAAAACUUAGUCAGUGAUCAAUGUAGAUGUUCUUGCUUAAUUUCUGGUUAAUAUUUUGAUGCUUUUUUAUUUUUGUUUGUGUUUUUCAAUAGUUCACAAGCUGGGAGAUUGUUUUUAGUUUCGUUGUAGUUUAUAAUAACUCUGGAGAUUGGUUGUAAAUGAUUUCAAAUGAACUCAAUAACCAAUUAGAAACAACGAAAUUUCGUACCAUGUUAUCAAUUACAGAUAAAGAUUUUGUGAUAGAGCAUGAAACUGUGUCAUUGAUUUGUGACGUGUAAACUGAUUACAUUUUAAAAGUUAUUCUCAAUAGAUUUCACUGGAACCUUCCUUUUUGAAAUUAUGAUUUCAUUCUUAUUGCUUAUCCUGAUAUUCUAUCUUCACUUAGGCAGUCGAGUUAGUUUGGUUAAUCAGCUUCUGAUUGAAUUGGAUGGUAUUGACAAACAUAGAUCAGGUCGCGUUUUUGUUGUUGGUGCUACUAAUCGCAAAGAUAUGAUUGAUCCUGCCAUACUUCGUCCUGGACGUCUGGGCUUACAUUUGAUGAUCAACCCACCGUCUAAUGUGAAAGAACGUCUCUCUGUUUUAUCAGCUUGUACUCGGUCUGCAACUACUCCUCGUAUUGAGAAUGGUAUGCUGUCACUUGAACUCAUUGCAAAUGAUUCACGCACUGAGAGAAUGAGCGGUGCUGAUCUAGAAAAUUUAUUGGAAUUAGCUAAGCAGAAGGCUCAAAUUGCAAGACAAGAUUUUGUUUCACAAGCCAACUUACUUGAUGCAUUAUCUGAGUUACAUAAAUAAACAAUACAUCCUAUUGUAAAUAUAAUUUCUGAACAAAGAAUUUAACUUAUACUGGAAUAUGUAUUCCGUUACGAAACGUUUAGUAUUUUUGCGACUUGUCAUACUUUCAGAG